CGAGCCUCCAGUGCCCUGGCCAGGCACGAGCUCAGAUUGUCCUAGGAAAUUUGGCUGUGCACUGUAUGACAUUAUUGAAUGAUUGCUCAUUGCGUUACUGAAUAAUUGUGGGCUUUAUUUAUUUACUUUUAAGGAACAGUGGAUGCUCCAAAUGGCAAUGGGAAGGGAGGGAGCAGGGACUUCCAUUUGAAAUUGACCGAUGCACUUGGAAAAACCAAAUGUUUUCCAGGCUAGAAUGAAGCACAUCAACUUGUCCUUUGCAGCCUGUGGGUUUCUGGGCAUCUACCACUUGGGGGCAGCAUCGGCCCUUUGCAAACACGGCCAAAAACUGCUGAAGAAUGUGAAGGCUUUCGCCGGCGCCUCGGCGGGAUCCUUGGCUGCUUCUGUCCUGCUAACAGCCCCAGAAAAAAUUGAGGAGUGCAAUGAAUUUAUCUACCAGUUGGCUGAAGAAAUCCGAAGGCAGUCUCUCGGAGCAGCAACCCCUGGCUACGAUUUCAUGGCCCGGUUGAGAAGCGGAAUAGAGUCGAUCCUCCCUCCUGAUGCCCACGAGCUGGCCCAGCACCGACUGCAUGUCUCCAUCACCAACACCAGGACCCGCAAGAACCUCUUGGUGUCCAGUUUCUCCUCCAGGGAGGACCUCAUUCAGGUCCUGCUAGCGAGCAGUUUCAUCCCCGUCUACGCAGGGCUGCGGCCGGUGGAGUACCGAGGGCAGAAGUGGGUGGACGGCGGUCUCACCAACAGUCUCCCCAUCCUGCCCCUGGGCCGCACCGUGACCAUCUCGCCCUUCAGCGGGCGGCUGGACAUCUCCCCGCGGGACAAAGGGCGGCUGGACCUCUAUGUUAACAUCAGCAAUCAGAACGUCAUGCUGUCCCUGGCCAACUUGGUGAGGCUGCAGCAGGCCCUGUUCCCGCCCAGCCAGGGGAAGCUGAAGGGCCUGCACCAGCGUGGCUUUGCCGACGCCGUCCAGUUUCUGCGCAGGGAGAGCUGGUUCGAAGACCGCGCCUGAACGUCCGCGCUGCAAAACCCACCCCAGCCGGCGUGCGUGGGGUUGGCCGCCCAGCCGUUUCACCGUGUCAGAUGUCUGCACAGUCUGUUCGUUUCUGUCAUGCUUGUCAUUACUUUUACUGCUUCCAUUUCCACCCGGUGCAAGGAAGGAAGAGGCGUUUCAUGAGAAAGGGGCCAUGCCACUGGGGGACAGCUCAGACGUCGAAACGUGACCAGGUCAGCUGCUGCAAAGCACGGACAGCCACGCCCACCAGGGCGUCCCAGAAACAAGGACUGAACCCAGCACGCUGCCUCGUGUCUUCUGGUGGCACCAGGCCACACGGAUGCCAGCUCUUCCAUGACCUGAGUCGCUGGCCUGUCACUCGGAGGAGUCCUGUGUGGGGUUUGCACUGACUCACGUGCCCUGGCUCGAAUUUAAAUCCUGUUUGUAUCUGGCUUUUGCCACGUACAAAGUGUACGUUACGAAGAAGCAGUUAGAAGCAAACCCGUUUUUAAUUGCAUGGCCUUGGUUCUUAUGCAUUUGUCUGUUUUCCCAGUGGAACCCAUUCCUUACAUCAGCUUUCUGGUUCCCCACAGCCCCAAACACACAAGCGUGAACACGGAAACACCAGCUACUGCCUCCUUCCUCAGGAGUUACGCACGGACUCACCGCAGAGCAGCGGAGUUGCUCGGCAUUUGUACUUUUCCCACUCUUGCAAGGCGGUUAAAACGUCCUGUGGUGUACCCUGGCUGGGGUGGCUCAGUGGACUGAGUGUUGGACUGUGAACCAAAGGGUUCGAUUCCCAGUCAGGGCACAUGCCUGAGUUGCAGGCCAGGUUCCCAGUGGGGGGCACGUAAGGGGCCACCACACAUGGAUGUUUCUCUCCCUCUCUUUUUCCUUCCCUUCCCCUCUCUGUAAAAAUAAAGAAGUAAAACCUUUUUAAAAUUUUUCAGAAAAAAGAAAGAAAAAGAAAAACCCAACCUCCUGUGUUGUUUCACUGCUUGCCCUGAACUUGAGGGAUUCUCUCUUCAUUGUCAAGUCUGCUUACUCCCUCCGUAGGUCGCCUCUGGUCAUUGCGUGUGAAUGUUUGGCUUGUAUGAUGGUUAAUACAUUCUGUGUGGCCGCCUCCCCGAGCAAAGACACAUCUUCAUGCCUUGAGCCUCUUAAAAGCAGUCGGUCCCUCCAGCAUGUGCCUUUCAGCUCGUUGGUGGCUGGUGGCUUCCUCGAAGGACCUUGUAGGGCCAUGGACGGGUGUGUUUCUCGGGCCGCAGGCUUCUCGCGUGGGGAAAUGGGGCCGUGUCCUGCUGUGCACUCCCCUCCAGACGCCGUGUUCUGCAGGUCUGUACCCAGUCCUCGCCGGAGGCGAGUCCGAGCUGCUAUGACCUCGGGCGUGUCCCCACACUCGUGGACUGAUGCCAGGCAGGCAGGCAGUCCCAGCAGGCUGCGCUGUCUCACGGUGACCAGCCCUCUGAGGCGUGUGUGCAAGGGCGGAAGAGGCUUCCUCCCCCAGAUCCUGGGAGGUUGGCGGGGUCCUUACCGUGCCCACAGCUUGCUCAGUUCCCAGUGCCCUGUUGGGGCCAUUUCCUGACAUCACUGAAUCAGUCAUCAAAAAUUGCAUUUGUCAUUUUUCCCUCUUUUUUUUUUCAACACCGCUCUUUACCUUGUAACUAUGGCACCCCACGGCUUCCCUUGACAAUUAGAGAACAUAGAUUGGUUUUAAAGUAACGUCAUGAAAGAGCACGCAGUAUUCAAACACCAAGACUGUUGCAUGCGAGGUUCGAAGUGCUGGGCACGGCAGGGGUGAGUCCGAAGCUUGCAGAGGCACAGCUGUCCGGCUCUGGGCUGUGCACGGUGAUUCCAGACACACGUCA